UAGGAUCUAGGAAGGGUGGUACUACAGUUGGGGUGGACGGCAGGUUUGGUCAAAGACAUUUCUUGACCAAUUUCCCCCUUUGUUUAUUUACAAAUGACCGAAUCACAUUGUUGCAGCUGCAUAAUUUGUUUUACGGUCUGUAUAGAGUCGCUAAGAAUUGUGGGAUCUAGCAGGGAGGGUGCCCGAAUCAUGCUGGGCCCAGCACUGAUCCUGAGACCACAGUGUAUGCGGAACAAAACCACAUCGGCGUGUUUACCCUGUCCUGGUUUGUGUUGUCCACGGUAGCGAGGCGACUGCUCUCAGCAGAGGACGCCCAGAAUACUACACUACGGGGUUGCCACGCGAGGUAAUGUCGCAUCUUCAAUGUACCAUCAAGACUGAGUCUCCCUCUGCAAAGGCAAUGUCUUCUGCAAUGUUCUACAUGUAGACUCCAGGCAGUGUUUCCGAGCAAGAGACUACAAACGGACGAUUCAGAGAUUCUCUCAGCCUUUAAAUUUCGUCCAACGAGCGUCAAAAAGGACGAAACAUACGGGAUACCAUCAAAGUACGAAGUGCUUUCCCCAUGACAAUGUUUAACUGCCGAAGGGAUAUUCUGAUGGUUGUUAACAGCCCUAAAAGUGGACCACAAAACAGUACGCCAACAAACGACAGGAUUUCUUUGUAAACAUUUACGACGCGACAAUCUGCACCCCUGGUCACACUCUGUAAAUUUGCCUGGCGCUCUGAGGUGUGCCAAUGCAAACAGCACAGGUGUAACAAUAAGAUAAUCCUCUCGAGUCCCUCCCAGAGGGAGCACACUAAGUGCGUUACUUACGCCAUAUAACAUCAGAGAGUCAACCAGUUCUAAUUAUCUUGGGAUUUGGAACUCCUCCUCUGUCGUUACAUUGUGUGCCGUACAAUUACCAGCUCUCCCAGGAUCUCCGCACAUAAUAACUGUGUACACCAGCCCAAUACCACCCCAAACUCCUGGAGCUGUGUCAAUAGGAGAAGGAUGUGUCCGUAGGAGAAUUAAAAGUCCCCUGCGUUGUCACUGGCCUUCAAAAAUGUGCUUGGCGUGAGUGAAUGAGCGUCUCCGAAAGGCGGGAAGAACAAGCUCGUACAAAGGAUUCAGCAUUCAUUGCGUGGUUAUGGGAAGACGUAAGAACGGUCACUGUCACUGUUCUUCUGAAAGCGGGUUCUAGGCAUGAGUUGAAUGAAUGGACGUUGACAUGUUAGUAAGAGACGUCAAAAACCAUUGGAUACUAGUAUCAAAAAUGAGAACUGAGUGACACAAAGGUAAUUGUGUAAAGAUACAAUCCGCUGACGAAACCCUUUGAAGCAGAAGGAAUACUAACUUACGCCUCCCCCACUCCAGACAAUAGGGUAGCAAAAUGACUUAUUAAUGCGUCGCCUCCGCCGCAGAACAGGAUAUCGUCUGCAUAGAUACGGCUGCAAACCUAGCUCGACUGAGGAUCUCUGUCUCCGUGGAUACCAAGCCUUUUGGGACGAGAGACAACAUUUUCACAUACCUCUAUAAGUCUGGCUCAAGAGAGCCUAUCGGGAGUAGAUAGCGUGCACAGAAGCUAGAAAUACGCCAGUACUAGAGUUCAGUCGGUCGGGGAACGAACCAUUUAAAUGUGGUUGCACCAAACCUGUUGCAUCUUUAACUACAUACGCUUAACUGCGGAUUGAAGAAGGUUGAGAAGGUUUGUGAACUUCCAUCCCGUAUAUGUCGCGUGUUCAAGAGGACAUUUCGCAAAUGUGCUGAAUUUAUUGCCGUACUUGCUGUUCACGAGUUACAUGGUAACGGGAGUCUCGGGCACUCGUGCGUACAUUUUUGUACAUGUAAAACAAAACAGCGUCGCGACUCAGAACGUGCCAGUCAAAAGUAAACCGCGGGCGACUUCAUCGGCGACAGCUGGGGCCGCGUGUGUUCUCCAGACAUACAAACGCUUUUUAUCUGGAUCCUUACAAAGUCAUAUCAUAGCAAAGAACAAUGCGUAUUGACGGCAGAAAAAGUACCAAUACUCCGAGAGAGCGCCUUGAGUAACUGAACUCCUUUGACGCUAGAAGAUGUAAGUGCAUGUUUAUACCAGGUGACAACAGUUAGCCUGAAACGCCGGCUUUUGAAGUAAGCUUCUCUUUACUGUUGUUUUGGCUCGUCUGCGCUCAAAAAUUCCAAGUUGACGCCAUGCAGGAAGACUAGUAACACUAGACACUACAUGCCUUACAAAUACCGCCUGUAGUAUUGAAGGGUUGGAGGCAUUUCCGCAGCUGCGUUACAGUGGUCGUACCGACAGUGUUACCGGCCAGUCAGGUUUCUGCAGUUUUGUCUUGUUGCUGGCGAGCCUCUUACAACAAUGGCGUUGAGAUACUUGCGUUCGUGGUGGAACUCCCGUAAGAAUGGCACACUAUGGACCUCGGAGGACGACACAGACAUAUUUGAAAAGGCGGACAGUGGGACGGAGGAAAGUUCGUCCGUCGACGCGUCGUCUGGGACGAUGUCGUACUCCGUUCUGGAGUCGGCGGACAUCGACACCGAUGUUCUGUUCAUGUCGCAGUCGUCGGAUGAGAACCUCACGAGUGAGUCGUCUUCUAGUGACUCUUAUUUCAAUAGGCAAAGAGGUAAGGGCAAAGAUUACAUCACUAGUUGUACCGGUAAGGCAGGGACUUUUGAUGCAAGAUUGGACACUGGUACUGGAGAGGAUAGUUCCAGUUCUAACUCUAGGAACACCAAUACGACGGCAGAUGACGAGCAGGACAUUUAUUCAGAAAUUGGAUAUUCAAACAGAUUGCAGAGUCCGUCACGAAGUCACACAGAUUUAGUCAUACCAGGUCGUGGGAUACCGUGUGUUUGGCAAGAGAAUUCAGAAAGCGGUGUACAGUCGGAAAUGUCCCAUUCCUCACCGAGUUCACACAGUCAGUCAAGCGGAGAUGGAACGUCAUGGGAACUGGCGUUUCAAACUUCGGGCGAGUUGUCAGACAGCAUUGAGGAACUGUCGGACAUUUGUUUUAUCGCAGAAAUUCUCCAGCCUUGUGAGAAUUGUCAUAGGAGACUGAAGGAGGCAACGGUUCCCCCCAAGACGUCCUGGGAAGAAAAAUCCUGCGAGUUCAGAGCUAUCGGGGAUCCGAGUCUGAUUCGAACGAGAACAUGUAGCAGAGAUACACGUAAUGAGUGCAGUAGCCUUGCCACCUCUAGUGAGUUUGGCACGACAGAGAGUUACACUCUAAGCGGCUCCACAGGUUACUGUUACACGUGUACUUGUGACACUUGUUCUACCGAUGAGUCGGAGAGUGACACGUGCACCAUGACAUGGCCGCCGGCCAAUGUGCGCCCCUCGCCCGCCGCCUGUCUCCCCACCGACCGGACAUCGCCGGACGAGCGAAUCGCCUUCUGGAUCGACCAGAACGCGAACCACUGGAAGAAGGGAAAGAGCAAAAAUUCGCAGACGAUGUCGAAGGCCGGGCGAUUUCUUGUCAAAUUUUGCACAAUAAGGAGGAAAAACAUAACGGACAAAUACAGAAAACGACGCACCCUGGUACAGAGUAACGUCACCGGGGUAAGUAAUACAACGGACGAGAACGUUAAUGUCUUUUCGGAAGAAGGCUUAAACAAAUGUGGCUUUCAUCUGUGUGAACCAGAUGGGAACAAUGAAACAAUGAAAGCACAUAAAGGAUGGAAAAAAUUGAACAGAAACUAUCGACCUCUCAUAGCCUAUGAAAAGACAAUGUUUCUGGAAUCCUAUGGGAUAGGCCGACUGACAGAGGUCGGGCCGGUUGAGCCUACAACAUUGCUCCAGACACAAAACAACAGAGUAAGGUGUGAGUCUGAACAAGAAGUGAGCAGCAUUGGGUUUGCACGUGUAAAAAGGUUAGGUAGACCUAAUGAAGGAACUGAAAGGAGAGUCGACGCUCUACGGAGUACGAGUCCUCAAAAACGAAAGUUAAUGAUAGAAUCGUCUAUAUAAUGAGAAUGCUCUACCCAUGACAGAAUGAAGUAAGUUACAUCACCGAGUUUUGUGUUUUUUUAUGUAUUCAUAAACGUGUCAUCUUUUUUGAAACUAUGAGAAUGAUUGUCUACAUGUAUGCUUCAUCAGGAGAGACAUGGUAUCAGAAGUACAUGGUGUUGAUUAGGAAUAAACCACCACAGAUGACAUAUGAUGCUUAACUUUUGUCUUUGAUUUUUUCCUUGUAAUCAGGAGUGAACAGGUUGUAAGAUUGCAACAUCUCAUUGCGACAUCUCAGUGACAGUUAAAUAUUGAUUAUAGAAAGAAAACAGUUAUACAAUACAACACGAAAUGGAAAUGUCUCAUUGUGCUCCAAUUCCUCCCAAUAAUUAUUUCUUGUCUUGCCUUGAGAAGGACUUUGUCUCUCAUCAUGCUCACGAACUGUCUCUCACUAUGCAUACAGACUAGGAUAGCGUUUACUAAAACUAUUCUACUAAUAUUUACUAACAUUUGUAGCUGUGAGAUAUUACAUCUGGAAUGUGGUGUUGUCAGAUUGCAAUCUUUGGCUACAUUGUGUGAGCUUAAACAGCGAGGAAAUACAACAUUGAUUGUAUCAAUGAGAAAUCCAUGUUGCCCUCCCUUGUUUGUCUAUAAUGCCAGGGAUGUUGUUAAGGCUUAGAGUCCCCCAGGGCAAGAAUUAUAAGGCGUGUCUGUCUCAGACCGCACCUCGAAAAUUAACGAGAAUAUUGGUCACUACAGCAGGUAAACAUCAUACAUCUAUCAAUGGAAAACCUGACGGGCUGAGGUGAUAUAGAGAUGUCAAACUGACUGGUACACUCAGGCAUGGCUUUUAAAGUUGGAUCCAGACUCCAAAACAUAUUGUGAGAUCUGCUAGAUACUUAGUGACAGGUGAUAAUCAUAUACUAGUAUUCAGAUAGGGCAGAAGGGAAAGGCAUGUUAGAUCAGUGUUUAAAUCAUGUCUAGGAAAUGAAAUCCUAGUAUGCCAGUU